AUAAUGGAGGAGAAGUGUGGCGAGCCUUUGGAUUUUGCAGAUGGGGUAGAGAGAGAGAGAGAAGCAUGGAGAAUCCCAAUGCAGAGGUAGAAAGAGAAAGAGAGAGACAAACACACACACACACACCUCACACAGCUCACUUGCAGAGACAGACAGCUGAGUGUGUAUGGUGUGGACUCUCUGCUCUUCUUGUCACUCAAUUCAUCUCCAAACAAUUACAAUUACUGCAUUACAAUUAACUACCUCAGAUCGCAUGACAGAGGAUCAAACCCUAAUGUCAGAGGACGACGAGAGAGCCUCGCCGUCUGAUCUCGGCGGCGACAUCAAGUCCCGCGGUUGCGCCGUCGCCGGAGAAUACGUGUCUCCGUUCCCAGAUCAAGUCCUCGAGAACGUUCUAGAAAACGUACUGCUCUUCUUGACCUCUCGACGAGACCGCAACGCGGUGUCGCUGGUGUGCAAGUCGUGGAACCGUGCGGAGGCGCUCACCCGAUCGGAGCUCUUCAUCGGGAACUGCUACGCGGUGGCGCCCCACCGCGUGACGGAGCGCUUCCGGCAAGUGAGGGCGGUGACGCUGAAGGGGAAGCCGAGGUUCGCGGAUUUCAACCUCAUGCCUCACAAUUGGGGUGCGCACUUCGCCCCCUGGGUCACCGCCAUGGGUUCCCACUAUCGUGCGCUCGAGAAGCUCUGUCUCAAGCGCAUGUCUGUCAAGGACGAAGAUCUGGAGCUUCUGGCUGAUUCGUUUCCCUAUUUCAAAGAGCUCGUGCUUGUCUGUUGCGAUGGCUUCGGUACCAGUGGUCUCGCUGUGAUUGCCAACAAGUGCAGGCAACUUCGAGUGCUUGAUCUGAUUGAGGAUGAGGUUACGGAUGAUGAAAUCGAUUGGAUUUCUUGUUUCCCAGAGGGUGAAACUUGUCUGGAGUCUUUCAUUUUCGACUGUGUGGAAUGCCCAAUAGAUUUUGAGGCAUUGGAACAGCUGGUGGCGAGAUCUCCGUCGUUGAAGAAACUUAGGUUGAACCGGUUCGUUAACAUUGGGCAGCUUUACAGGCUGAUGAUCCGAGCUCCACAGCUCACACAUCUUGGUACUGGGUCAUUUAGCCCUUCGGAGAUUGCUGCUCAAGGUGAUCAUCAGGAGCUAGAUUAUGUCUCCGCCUUUGCUGCUUGCAAAUCGCUAGUUUGCCUCUCGGGUUUUAGGGAAAUUAUACCCGAUUAUCUGCCUGCAAUCUACCCAGUUUGUGCUAAUCUCACCUCACUAAAUUUUAGCUAUGCCAACAUCAAUGCAGAACAACUUAAAUCAGUCAUAUGCCAUUGCCAUAAACUCCAGAUCUUUUGGGUGCUCGAUUCGGUGUGUGAUGAAGGACUUCAGGCGGUGGCUGCAACAUGUAAGGAUCUCCGUGAGCUUCGGGUUUUCCCUAUUGAUGCCAGCGAGGAUAGUGAGGGCCCCGUUUCUGAUGUGGGUCUCCGUGCAAUUUCUGAGGGGUGUAAUAAGCUGCAAUCGAUUUUAUAUUUCUGCCAGCGAAUGACAAAUGCAGCAGUGAUAGCCAUGUCAAACAACUGUCCGGAUCUUGUGGUGUUCCGUCUCUGUAUAAUGGGGCGACAUCGACCUGACCACAUUACCGAAGAGCCAAUGGAUGAGGGUUUUGGAGCCAUUGUCAAGAACUGUAAGAAACUUACCCGACUCGCUGUAUCUGGUUUACUAACUGAUAAGGCUUUCAGUUACAUUGGAGAAUAUGGGAAACUGGUUAGGACUUUGUCGGUUGCUUUUGCUGGAGACAGCGAUACGGGGCUAAAAUAUGUGCUCGAGGGCUGCUCGAUGUUGCAGAAACUUGAAAUCAGAGACAGCCCAUUCGGAGAUUCAGCUUUGCAUUCUGGUUUGCACCACUAUUACAACAUGAGAUUUCUUUGGAUGUCUUCAUGUAGAUUAACUCGUCAAGGUUGCAAGGAGAUUGCUCAGCAAUUGCCACGCCUGGUAGUGGAAGUUAUCAACGGGGAUGGGGAGGUAGAGGUGAAAGAUGAUUAUGUCGACAUAUUAUACAUGUAUAGAUCCCUUGAAGGGCCGAGGUCUGAUCCACCAAUAUCUGUGACAAUCUUGUAAACUUUCAACAUUGGAAAACACUCAACCUCUCUUUACAGUGGCUUCUGAGGAAGUUAUAUUACUAGUUUUUUUGUGGGUUGCUGUCAUAACCUGCAAGUUCAUGUACUCGUUGAACAGAGACAAGAAUGCCCCUCAUGUUCUUGGUUUGAGCUGUUGGAGAUUUGGAAUGGCAUUCAAAGCAGGGGCUCUGUCAAGGAUAUGUAUACUUUGUGCUUUGGUUCUUCUGGGUGGUUUAUGGAAGUGUGCUUAAUGAACGUAUCUCUGCAGGGAUCGGACCAUCCCUAUGUUGUCAUCGUUGUGUUGGUAGGCAUUUAAAUUUUUGUAUGUUUUUUUCUGCUUUCAUAUUCAUUUCUGAAAUGAAGGCUUCUAGAGGUAACAGUUAGCAAGGGAUGGAUCAUUGAGAGCUGCGCGCAAAGAUUGAUUAGAUUUCUGUUAUAUAUACAACAAUGGAUCAAAUUGGUUGGGAGUCCUCAAGAUGGGAGAUUGAGAGACACUGAAAUUUCUCUUUUCAGUAGAAUUGAGUCUUGCUUAUUCUUGUUCAAAAAUUUCAGUUUUUUAGACUUUGAAGCUCUGUAGUUGGUGAGAACUAAUGCCUCAGAGAAUGGUUACAUCUUUCUCUCUUACCCGACUGUUGAAUUUAUUAGUAUUGUUUUUGUGAGCAAAUGUUCAGAUGGGAAAUAAAUGCCAAACAUAUGCAUACAUAUGAUAUGGGCCA